GACGGAGCGCGGCCGCGGCGCCAUGGAGGGCGUGGGGUGGCGGCUGCGGGCCGCGCCGGGGGAUCCCCGGCUGUGAGAGGCGGGCUCUCGCCCUACCGCGGGCCGGGAACCGGCGUCUGCCGUUCCCCAGGGAGCCCAGCCGCCCGCCCCUCCUCCGAGCCGCUCAUCGCGGGCGCCGCUCCCCGAGACGCCCUUUCCCGCCGCGGAGAUGGCGUCGGGGCUGCACGCCGCCGGCUUCCCCCCCUGGAAGCGGCACAUCGCGGCAGAGCUGCGGCGGAGGGACCGGCUGCAGCGGCAGGCCUUUGAGGAGAUCGUCGCGCAGUAUAACAAGCUGCUAGAGAAGUCGGACCUCCACGCAGUGCUGGCUGAUAAGCUGCAGGCAGAGAAGUAUGACAUGCAGAGCAGACAUGAGAUCAGUCCAGGACAUGAUGGCACAUGGAAUGAUGCUCAGUUGCAGGAACUGGCACAGCUGAAGAUAAAACAUCAAGAGGAGCUGACUGAGCUACAUAAGAAACGUGGAGAGUUGGCCCAGUCUGUAAUUGAUCUGAAUAACCAAAUGCAGCAGAAGGACAAAGAGAUGCAGAUGAAUGAAGCAAAGAUUGCAGAGUAUUUGCAAAAAAUCUCUGAACUGGAAACUGAGUGCCAGGAACUACGCAGCAAGCUACAAGAUCUUGAGCGAGCUAAUCAGACACUGAAAGAUGAAUAUGAUGCUCUCCAGAUCACCUUCAAUGCCUUGGAGGAGAAACUGAGGAAAACAACUGAGGAUAACCAGGAGCUGGUCUCACGUUGGAUGGCAGAGAAAGCACAGGAAGCCAAUCGCUUGAAUGCAGAAAAUGAAAAGGAUUCAAGGAGGCGACAAGCAAGGCUGCAGAAGGAGCUAGCAGAAGCUGCCAAAGAACCCCUGCCUGUUGAACCCAGGGAUGAUGACAUUGAAGUGCUUGCAGAUGAAACCUCUGAUACAGCUGAGGAGACAUCUCCAGUGCGAGCUGUCAGCCGAACACCCAGUAAGCGACUCUCCCAGCCAGCUGGAGGCCUUCUGGACUCUAUCACUAAUAUCUUUGGUCUGUCUGAGUCUCCCCUUUUGGGACAUCAGUCUUCCGAUGCUGCCAGGAGGCGUUCUUUGUCCUCGUUUCCUCCUCCCCAGGAUAAUGCAGAGCCACAUCCAGGUGCCAGUAAAGAAGUGAGAGUGCCCACUACUGCCAUAUGUGUCUUUGAUGCACAUGACGGGGAGGUGAACGCGGUGCAGUUCAGCCCUGGCUCCCGGUUACUGGCGACAGGAGGCAUGGACCGUAGGGUUAAGCUCUGGGAAGUCUUGGGAGAUAGGUGUGAGCCCAAAGGUUCCCUCUCUGGUAGUAAUGCUGGGAUUACAAGCAUAGAGUUUGAUAGUGCUGGUUCUUACCUCUUAGCAGCCUCAAAUGACUUUGCCAGCAGAAUCUGGACGGUUGAUGACAAUCGAUUACGGCACACUUUGACAGGUCACAGUGGUAAGGUUCUGUCUGCCAAGUUCCUGCUGGACAACGCGCGCAUCGUUUCGGGAAGCCAUGACCGGACCCUCAAGCUCUGGGACCUCCGCAGCAAAGUUUGUAUAAAAACAGUGUUUGCAGGAUCUAGCUGCAAUGACAUCGUAUGCACUGAGCAAUGUGUAAUGAGUGGACAUUUUGAUAAGAAAAUCCGUUUCUGGGAUAUCAGGACUGAAAGCAUAGUAAAAGAACUGGAGCUGCUUGGAAGGAUCACAGCUCUGGAUUUGAACUCGGAGCGAACAGAGCUUUUGACCUGUUCCCGUGAUGAUCUACUGAAGAUCAUUGAUCUGCGGGUUGGUGCUGUCAAGCAAACAUUCAGUGCCCAGGGAUUCAAAUGUGGCUCUGACUGGACAAGAGUUGUGUUCAGUCCUGAUGGUAACUAUGUGGCUGCUGGUUCAGCUGAUGGUGCCCUCUAUGUUUGGAAUGUACUCACUGGGAAGUUGGAGAGAACUCUUGCCAAGCAUCACAGUUCUCCCAUCAAUGCAGUCGCGUGGUCCCCAGCGGGUGCCCACGUGGUCAGUGUGGACAAAGGAAACAAGGCUGUCCUGUGGUCUGAGUUCUGACUGGAUGGAGGGUGAGAGGCAGAGCUCCCGUGCCUCUGUGUGUGGUGGUGCUGGUCCGUGGCUGAACAGAAUGGAGACCCCAGCCCAGAUCCAUCCUGAGCAGGAAUAUUAACAAGUGCGUGGGCUUCGCUUUCUGGAGGAAAGUUCUAAAGCAAUGGAGAAAGAACCUGAGUCAGAAACUUCUUAUGGCCGUAACCACGCUGUGGCACUCAGACUCAGCAAGGGAUUAGCUGUUCUGGAUGGUGAAUGCUACUUAGUCAUGCCUUUACAUGCAGUAUCUAUGCACCAAUGGAGCUGAAGAUACUAGCGGGAUUCCUCACCAGGCAGCUGUGCCAAAUACCCUACCACACAAAUGUAUCUACAGCACUUCUGAGUUGGAAAUGUUGGAAAGAAGUUACAGUGUAUGCUGACUUAAUGCACGCUCUGUCUCCUGUGUUCUGUUCUUGUGGCCUAGUUUAGGUGUGGAGUGAGAAGGUCCCGAAACGUGGACAGGUCCUGGGCAGUCUGAAGUGCUGGAAAAGCUUUUGUAGAGAGUUUCCAAUGGCUCUGGCAGCUCUGCUGCUGAGUUACCAACUCAGUGCGGAGCUGCUCUGAUCCUGACACAGGUUCUCCAGUGCUGUCAUGCAAACUCCUUGUAUCGGUUUUGUAUGGACAUUGUCCAUUCUUCGGGACUUCUGCACCCUUUUGUUAAAAUGCCCUUCAACUGUCAGAGUAUCACAAAAUAGGAGAUUUUUAAUCUUUUUACUCCACAGGCAAUUUGGUUACUGGGUUUGAGGAGGGAGAAGUUCAACUUCGGCUGUGCUGCUGUGAUGAGGAAUGUAGUCGUACUGUGACUUCAGUACCUGCACAUAGAUGCUUGGUCCCCUUUUCGGUUCAUCCGUCCUCUGCUGAAGGCUGUCAGUAAAACACAGGGUCAGUGGUGUUCAAUCCCAAAUGCAUUCUGUUGGUGCUGGCCAUGCCAGGCCACUGGCCUCCUUCUUCAGCAGAUAUGCAAUAUUCCUGUGUGCUGAAGCCCUCUCUGUGCUGUGGAGCAGUGUCUUCCUGUCCCCGUUUACGCAUCCAAAACCACAGUGUGGCUGGCUGCGAGCUACCUGGUACAAUUGCAUCCAGCCAAACCUUUCCACAUCAUCUGGGCCUCUAGACAAGCCACCAGCGUCGUAUUGCCUUUUUAUUUGCACUUUAUUUUCAUCUUUCCUGAUUAUGUUUUACUAAGGAAGUGUGUUGUUUGGAGGGGCUGGGUUGGGGGGCAGCUGCUCUAACAGGCAUCUCUCUAACCCAGCCUUUUGUUCAGGCACCUUCUGUAGAGGCAACUAGAGUAUACCAGGCAAACUUUUUAUUUAUUCAGCUGCCCAUAAGAACUUGAUUGUAAAUAAACCCAUGUUCUGCUUUUAAAACCUCA